ACUUUGGUUCAAUCCUAUGAAUCCCUCCGAGUGAUAUGCAGUGAUGCUGUUUGAUUAAUUUAUAAACAUCUACAAUUUUAUCAUAGUAAGUGUUAGAGCAAAGUUUCUUUGGAAAAUGAGUGUCGUAAUUCUUGUCCAAAUCCUCUUCUUGUUAUUGCAUUACCCAGUUGAUUGUUCUUCGUCAGUAAUUUGCCAUCCAAAUGAGAGCUCUGCCUUACUUCAGUUCAAAGAUACACUGACUAGCCAUACAAAUUCAUAUGCGUAUUGUGGGGACAAACUCCCUGCCAUAGACACAUGGGUGAAGGAUACAGAUUGCUGCUUAUGGGAUGGCAUCACCUGUGAUGGGUUGACAGGUGAUGUGAUCGGCCUGGAUCUCAGUUGUCGUCCGCUUGGUGGCAAAAUCGCUCCGAAUACCACCCUGCUCCUCCUUUCUCAUCUUCAACGGCUCAACCUCGCUUAUACAUAUUUCGAUGACUCCUCAAUCCCAUCAUCUGGGUUUAGUUUGUGGACGAAUUUGACUUACCUUAAUCUUUCUACAUGUGGAUUAUCAGGUCAAACUCCAUCUGACUUGCAUCGCCUGUCCAAGUUGGUUUCGCUUGAUCUUUCAGGCAAUGAUUUGGAGUUUGACUUCAACACCAAUGGUCUUGAAAAUAUCUUGGCAAACUUGACAGAACUUAUUGAUUUAGACCUAAGUGAGGUGAAUAUGUCUUUGAUUUCAUCUGAAGCUUUUUUGAACCUUUCUUCUUCGUUGAGAACUCUUCGUUUCUCUGAUUGUUCUUUGCGAGGAAAUUUCGAUGGUGAUUUUGCUCGCUUUAAAUCCCUUGAGCUGUUUGACUUGUCAUACAACAAUGAUUUCGUGCUUAAUAUGACUACGGCUAACUGGCCUAGUUCAUUAAGGUCGUUAAAUCUCUAUGCUACAGGUUCAUCAGGAGAGCUGCUUGAACAUUCAAUAGGCAAUCUCAAGUCAAUGGAGUAUUUGGACCUGUCAUUCAAUAAUUUAUUUGGUCUAAUUCCAACAUCCCUUGGCAAUCUCGAGUCCUUGGAGUAUCUGUAUCUUAGGAACAAUAACCUUUCUGGCUCAGUUCCACAUACACUUGGCAAUCUAAAGCAACUCAAAUUCUUGGAUUUAAGUUCUAACCAUUUUUCAGGUCAGAUUCCUGAUAUUUAUGCUGAUCUUAGAAAAUUAGAGUUCUUAUAUCUUUUUGGUAAUGAUUUCAGUGGACAGUUACCACCUUCAAUGUUCAAACUCACUGAGCUUUAUUCUUUAGACAUUUCCUUCAACAAUCUCAAUGGCACCAUACCCUCUUGGUUGUUUGCUCUCCCAUCUUUGAAUGGUUUAGACCUUCAAAAUAACAAUCUCAAUGGACCCAUUAAACAUUUUCAAAACCCUCAUCAUUCUUCAUUGAAAUAUGUUCGUUUGAGUGAUAAUAUGAUAGAUGGUCCAAUUCCAAUUUCCAUUUUUGAACUCACGAACCUUACUGAACUUGAUCUUUCUUCCAAUAAGCUAAGUGGUAUUAUCGAGUGGAGCAUGCUUCAAAAGCUCAAAAAUCUUGAAAAUCUCAACCUUUCAAACAACAGCCAAUUAUCACUGACAAGUAAUACCGAUAUCAGUUUUAACUUGACCAACCUUUGGAAAAUGACUCUUUCUUCAUGCAAUAUAACAGAAUUUCCAUAUUUCUUAAGUACUCAACAGGCGUUGACUGCAUUAGAUCUUUCUAAUAACAGAAUUCAUGGCCAGUUUUCAAAACAAAAAUCAGAAGGAUGGAAAAGUCUGCAGUUUCUCAAUCUUUCUGGCAAUUUUUUAACUGGUUUAGAUCAACAUCCAUGGCAAAAUAUUGACACUCUUGAUCUAAAUUUCAACUGGCUACAAGGACAACUAUCGGUACCACCCCCUUCCAUAAGGCAGUUCAUGGUUUCAAACAACAGAUUAAGUGGAGAAAUCCCUUCCUUCAUCUGUAAUUUGGGUUCUAUUCAAGUCCUUGAUUUGUCUAAUAAUGGCUUCAGUGGGUUGAUACCAAAAUGUUUAGGCAUUAUGAUGAAUUGGCUCGUCAUUUUGGAUCUUCGAAAUAACAACUUCUCUGGUAAAAUUCCUGAAGUAUUUGGAAAUAGUGGCAGCUUGGUGUAUCUUAACCUUCACGGGAACAAUUUUGAAGGUCCAUUACCACCAUCUUUAGGUAACUGCAGUGGGCUACGUAUAUUAGAUUUUGGGAAUAACAAUAUAAGGGAUACAUUCCCCCAUUGGCUGGAAGCUCUGCCAAACUUGGAAAUUCUUAUCUUAAGGUCAAAUAGCUUCCAUGGUGAAGUAGGAGAUCCCAGUGUAGACCAUCCUUUCCCCAGUUUACAGAUUCUUGAUCUCUCUCAUAAUCACUUCACUGGUUUCGUACCUAUAAAACUUAUGCAAAAUCUAAAAUCUGUAGUUUAUGUGGAUAAAGAUGCAAAUCUACCUGAAUAUGUUGGAGAUAAGUUGUUUGUUGGGCGUUAUCAAUACUUUUUGGUGGAUGCUCCACUUAUAAGUCUGAUAAUUAAAGGAUGGGGAGUUGAACUGCGAAAAAUCCUUACUAUUUUGACAGUUGUUGAUUGUUCAAGCAAUGAAUUUCGAGGAGAAAUUCCCGAAGAAAUUGGCAUGUUAAAGUCUCUUGUGGUGCUCAAUUUUUCUCAUAAUAGUCUAACAGGUCGUAUCCCUUUGUCAUUUGCAAAUUUGACAAAUAUGGAAUCACUAGAUCUUUCCUCAAAUAAGCUUGUCGGAGAAAUCCCUUCCCAGUUAACACUUCUCUCAUUUCUUGCUGUGCUUAAUCUUACAUUUAACCAGCUCAAGGGACAGAUACCUCAGGGCAAGCAAUUCAAUACAUUCGCAAAUGAUUCAUAUGUGGGGAACUUGGGCUUGUGUGGAUUUCCAUUGUCGCAGAAAUGCAGCAGUGGGGAGCCACCCCAGUUAUCUCCUUCACCAAUACCUCAUGAAGAAGAAGAUUCUCAAGGCUGGUUUGAUUGGAAAUUUGCAUUAAUGGGAUAUGGAUGUGGGAUGGUGUUUGGACUAUCCAUGGGCUAUAUUGUCUUAGCAACAAGGAAACCACAAUGGAUUGUGCGGAUAAUUGAGGAAAGACAACAUAGAAGAGUAAGACGACCAUAUCCAAGACGGACAACGAGAAGAAGAAAUCACUAAAUGCAGGAAGAUAAUGGCUUGCUGCUCAAAGAGACCGGGAAAAUUUGUCUUUGCAAGUUUGUUGUUAAUAUGUGCUUUAUUUAUGUAUUUAUUUUGGCUUUUUCGAUAGUGUACCUAGGUAAGUUAUGCAUUUGGGGGUAAAUUUAACAUGCUGGGUUUGAAUGCUUGGAUUUGAGGCAAAUAGUGAUUUACCUCCUAAAUGUCUAAUCAAUUGCCGCAUCUCAAUGCUUUUCGAGAAGAACUAGCUAGCUCUGAGUUCGAGUAGAUAAAGAAAAAUGUCAUUUUAAA